CACACACUGUAGUGCACUCCAGUCACACUCCAUGGAGGCACUUUGGCCUGCGUGUGUGCUUUGGUUAGCCUCAAGCUUUCCCGGCUGACUAUGAACUCAACUGCCAUCAAUGAAGGACCACAAUUCGACUCACCACUGGGGAACUUCCACAGCUUGUCCAUACCUUUUUCAAAAGGUCAAUGACCUCUUAGGACCCACUGAUCCGAUUGAACUUUCAUGUAUCGGAUGAGCACUUUUAUCAAGUGAGGAAAUGGCCAAGGUGUACAGACUCUGUGUAGGAAUAGUAACAGCUCUGGCCUUAUGCAAAUACUCCCUGGCAGAGUGGAAUACCACCGACGAGUCUGCCAAUCGAACUGUGUCCCACUGUCAUCACCAUGGCAACAGAGACAAUUGCACAGCAGACAUAGAUACGGGGCAGUGGAACGGCCACUUUUCGAAAUGUCCAGAGGACCUCAAGCACUACUGCAUCCACGGGGAGUGUCGUUACAUUCAAGAACAAAAGUCACCGUCCUGCAGGUGUCAGCAUGGUUUCAUUGGUUCCAGGUGUGAAUACGUGGACCUGGACUGGCGGAUAGGAGAGAAACGACAAAUCAUAAUUGCCUGCGUCAUUGCGGGGCUCGUGUUCCUCAUCCUUCUCAUUGUAUUCAUCUGCAUCUGUUCACAUCGUAGGUGCAGACUCUGGCGGCGGAGGGGAAGACGGAGGGAAGAACCAAGGAACGGGACAGAGAAGCUCAGUAUGAUGGAUAAAACACGAACAACCAUAACGCCAGACUCGACAGAGCCACCACACACUAAUACUGUAUGAGUGACAGCAAUGUGCUGUAGGAGGCCCCUCUGUGCUGGACAGGAAUGAAGCCUGCUCAAAGGAAGGACAUUUCUGGAAGAAGUGUGGCUGUGUUCAAUCACAAAGGAGUUUGCACCCUUCACUAAAGGGGGAAGCCCUGCCUGAAAUAUCAAAGAAGAUGCUUUCCUGGAUUUAUGCUAAACACAAGAUGGAGAACAGUGUUCAGCAGGCGUUAUGUUAGCAGAGACGCUUUUUUCCGCUGUUAAAAAGCAACAGGCACUUGUAGCCUUUCACUUAGAGCUGCUUAAUGCACAGCACUAAAUAAAUUGUUGCUAUGUUGGAAAAAGCUGUGACACCAGCUGGCAGCUGGUGAUAACAGUUGAUAAAAUUAUUGGUCUGUGUGUCUGGGAGACACAGAGACAUUGGAAAAUGAGAGGAGAGGGACUGUAUAAAGAUGCUACACUCCAUGCUCUCUUUGGGUAACUCUUAACUAAAUAAUCCGUUGAAUGUAUAGAUAUAUGCCGAGUACCAGCAGCUGCAGUAUACUGUUUCAGUAUGCUGUAUUUGUAUGUCAUAUUGUUUAUACUUUGUUUACUGCUGCUUUUAAUCUCACAAAUGCACAGUGUUGAUAUUUCAGAAUCAAAAAAAAUCAGCAGUUAUCAUCCUUUAUGCUUCCUUCAUAUCCUUUACGUCCCUGUGUAGACUCACACAGAAUAUUGUUACUCAUCAACAUUAGCAAUGCAAGAAGAGCCUUCUAUAUAUGAAAGGUUGCAGUUCUGGACUCCCAGGUUUGGAGGAGGACAAGGAGAACUUGUGCUGGAGGAUUUUUUUGAUCUGUAUAUUUGGAGCCGAGCAGCCUCCGAGCUACAGCGACAGAACAGCCGAGCCUGUGUGUGAAGGCUCAACUGAGGUGAAAGUGCUCCACUGUAUGAGACAAACUGCCAGCCUUUCACUGGGUUUAAUGUGUAUCUGUAUGUGUAUUAAGUCUGCAUCUAAAUGUAAAAUGAAGAGAGUUAAAGUCAGUGAGGUCUGCUCCUGCUGUUUAAAUAUAAUCCAUGCUGUCCAUUUCUAUCAUUUUUCAGAAAAAUUCAGCACAAAAUGCUAAAAAAAUAACUGUACUAAGACUAAGUUACUCAACGUUAUCAUGGUUUUUUCUAAAAAAUGUUACUCAGCAUGACCUCCCUGAAGACUGUGUAAUAUAAUUUUUGAUCUCACCACAGACCAAUGAGCUCAAAAGACCUCUGCUGACUUUCACUCCCACACAGAUAAAUGUCACUGAUUCUCAAAAACUAACCCUCCAUCCAGAUGAUCAGUUCCAAUUCCAAACUUUUAAUUGAAAACAUGCAAUAUUCACAAUAUCCCCACAUAAACAACUGCGCCAUACACACUCAGAUUAAGUAAUGAUUAUGCUCCCUCUCAGGCGAUUGUACUUUGGUUUCAGUUGUAUUGUGUUGUUGUGUUGCCAUGGUACUGUAUUACCAGCCGGAGUCGGCUGUGUGAUGUUGCAGGAGCCGACAAAUUCCAGUGUGACAGAGUGACGAUAAUACAGUAUUGUCCUCUUACAUAAUAUGCCUUAAUCCUGUUGGUGGGAAUUAUCAUGUCUUGCUUUGUCCUUGAUUCACAAACUGUUUCAUAUGUUGUUCCUUAAAAUGUGCAGUCUGCUAAAUAUCAGUGACAUGUCUGUGUGACAGAGUAACCUUUUAUAUAUGAAGAUUCAAAUACAGGAGAUUGAUAGCGCCACAAUGAAAAGUGGCUGAACAUUUGGCAAAGUUAUAUUCAUACACAGCACAGUAUGUAUAGUAAAUUUUGCAAUCUGUUUAGUUUAGCAUCACUUUUAACUGUCCAUUUCUUAAUUUAUCCUUUUUUUUGUCCAAAUACACAAAUCAGCACUUGAAAUUGUAAAUAUGGGACUUCAUAUUAGCACACAGACGUUAAGAGACAUAUCAACUUUCUUAUCUAAGAAUAAAUUAUAUGUAAAAGAAUAAGCAUA